GUAAAAGCAAUAAAGGAAACAAAAUGAAAAAAGAGAAAAAAGAAAACACAAAGCUCACUGUGUUCAUUAGCUCCGUCUAGGGUUUUCUAUACAUUUCCACUCACAGAUUUAUUACGGAGAGAGUUUCCUAAAACUACUUCGGAGACUUUAGAUUUCUACCAGUGAGUUUGUUGAGUAUGUUACUUGUUGGGAUAGCCCGUGUCCAUGCAACAAGCUGUUGUUAUUCCUAAGUAGGUUAUCUGGACUUCUGACCUUCACUCAAUGCAGCAGAUUGUUAUGCCGCUGGAAGAUUCAUAUCUGUUUGUUUGUCAGGUUACUGAGACUUUGUAGUGUUUCCUGAAGAAAUUUGUAUCUUUGUCAACUUUGUGGGAACUCUUGAACUAUCUUUGUCAUUUUGGGAUGGGGGAUGCAGAAUCUCUUCAGCCAUCAAAGAAAAGGGCUGCUGUAAAGGAAUUAUCACGAGAUAAUCCUGGUCUUGAUGAUGAUAAUGAGUCAACUGAGCAGGAGAGUGGAACUUUCAAGAGAGCAAGUGACGAGGUGAUGGCAAGUAGGAGAAUCUUGAAAGUUCGUAAAACAGCACCGACUACCACUACUCCUUCAUCUAACCCUUUUGCGGGGAUCCAACUGGUUCCACCUGCUAAUACCAGUACAAUUCCUGCCGUGACCACAACUAAAGCUGAGAGUGGGACAGCUUCCAAGGACCCAGAAGAAUCAAAUGAUCAAAGUGAGGCAGUUAAAAAGGAAGAAACUGGUGUGAAUAGGGAAGCUGAUCACGGGAAGGAAACUGAUGAAAGUUCUAAGCUACCAGAAAGCAAAUCCGAUGAGUCAAAAGCUGAUGUUAAUGUUCACAAGGAUGUUGAUACACCCAAUGAACCUGAAUCUACUGAAAAGAAGGCAGCAGAAAGUGAGAAAAUCAAUGUUGAUACCGAGGCAGGCACAGUAGUGAAGAGUGCAAAUGACAUAGAAGUGGAAGGGAAUCAGACGAAGGAUGAAGAGGAAAAACACGUGGGCGAUGGAAACAAUGAAAAGGGUGCUGAGGCUGCAUCUUUUAACUCAUUUCAACAGCUCUCCAGUAGCCAAAAUGCUUUCACAGGACUUGCAGGAACCGGAUUCUCCAGUACUACAUUCUCAUUUGGAGCUAGUUCAAAAGAGGGAUCUCCACUAGGGUUAGGUUCUGAAUCAGGUACUGGUUCUGGUUCUCUCUUUGGAGUAAAAAGCGACCAGUCAUUUUUCAGUCUUAGUCUUCCCACUAAUGGAAAUACUUCCCUAUUCGGUAACUCAGGGUCAUCUGGUAUUAAAAAGGGUGAGGGAACUGGGUUUCCUUCCAUGCAAGAGGUUCCCGUUGAAACAGGAGAGGAGCAUGAAAAGGCAAUCUUUACAGCGGACUCUGUGCUGUUUGAAUUUCUUAAUGGAGGGUGGAAGGAGCGUGGAAAGGGUGAGCUUAAGCUCAAUAUUUCUUCAACUGGAACUGGAAAAGCUAGACUUGUUAUGAGAACCAGAGGAAAUUACAGGUUGAUUUUGAAUGCCAACCUUUAUCCUGAAAUGAAGCUAACAGGUAUGGACAAAAAAGGCAUCACUUUUGCUUGUGUGAAUAGUGCUGGUGACGUGAAAGAGGGACUUUCAACAAUUGCUUUGAAGUUCAAGGAUGCCUCUAUUGUUGAGGAGUUUCGAGCUUCUGUGAUGGAACAUAAAGAUGAGAAGGCAGGUCCUUUGAAAACACCACAAAAUUCUCCUUAAACUUAAGAUUACUAGUCAUGGCAAAGAUGCAUAGAGAUUCAAUAUUCAUCAUGGAACCCAUCCUACAGUUUCCCCCCUUUUUUCCACCCCUCUGCGUACAAGUAGAGUUUAUUUUGUCCAUAGAUGGAUAGCUUAUUAUCCUAUAUAGCAAGGUAGAGUCUUCUCCAUUAUGAUGUUGUUUAUCUCUUGUAUUUCUUCUCUUUUUUGCCUUUUUGAGAUAUAACCCGUCGUUUUAGCUGUCUGUUAUAUUUCUUUAUUUGAAUCAGCUCUAGCCUUCGAUCUCAUUCCAUCAGUUCUGAUGUGUUUUUAAUUUUA